AAAUGCAGUUCCCAAUAUCACUGACGCUACUCCUCGUGCUCGUGGGCGUGGCCUUAGGCGUGCCCGGGCGUGUUCCGAUGAGAACCUCGUCCACCUGGGGCCCCAGAGACAUUCAGAAAUGGUGUAGACUCAACUUUGGACCGGCUUGGGGUGGCAGAGGAUGCUAAAAUCUUGACUUAAUCUUGAAUAGUGCUGAUCGCUCAUUUAUGAUUCAUAAUUGUUUGUUCCCUCAUUUUCUGAACCUUAAUAGAUGUUUCUUAAGGCA